CUUGAAGUCGGCCGGGCGGUGUAGGCCCGUUUACCAGGAAGGGGGCUGGGCCUUUCGUUACAAUACCUAAGCUCAAAUUAAGUCGGCCCAUCUCUCUCAGUCUUCCUCGCACGUCACGACCCUCCGCCACACAAAAUCAGCGAUUGUACUCCGUACUUCGUACAUAUGUAGCUACCAUAUUGUUGGUUGCUAAAGUACUACGCCCGCGUAUCAAUCGCGGAUUUCAUAACUCCGUCGAAGCGCCUUGAUCCGCAUGCCCCCUCCAUCCUCUCUAGGCGCGCCCGAAAGGCAAUGGCCCAUUGUUCUUGGCAUUGACUGGGGAAGCACCUCCAUCCGCCUGGUUCUGUAUCACGUGCACCACACUCCGGGCGCCGAACAGCUAGAGCCAUUAUGGGACGACAGGUCAUCCCAAAGGCAUGAUCCAAGGUCCGAACAGGAUUCUUUCAGCUCCUACAUCACCAUUUUCGGCGAGGGCGAGGACUACGUCGGCGAUCACGUCGACCUGGGUCGGCAAAGAAUCUCAACAAAGGCUUGCUUAAGGAGAUGCUGCGCGGCUGCGGGUUUAGAGUCACCCCAAUUCAUCCACGAAGAGAUGGGAAAACUUGGCACCUUCAACAUUGCCCGAGGAGCAGCAAUUGCUCGAGCCAAAGAUAUGUCCUUCAGAAACUUUCUAGAGAACGGAGCCGCAAUCGGUGUACAGAUGUUACAAGCCGGCGAAAGGGAGUGGGAUAAUGUCGCGAAAACAAUCCUGGACGAGAACGGAGGUAAAAACAUCGAAAUAAUAGCAGCCGCAGGGGAUAGGCUACGACUGAUUUGUGAUCCUUUCUGCCGUCUAAACAAGGCCGAGUCGAGUGUUGAGCAAAGAAAUAGCUACGACAUGCUCGAGCUGCCGGCACCGUCUGAAGGCAGGUGGAUGUACAUGCUGGACUGGAAAGGCUAUAGCGAGUGUACACUAGCUCUUUUGAAAAGGGUUGACAUACAGAGGACGUACGACUGCACUGAACCUGGGGAGUGGGACGGGCUCUCGCCCUUGGAGAUUCCGAUAUACUUUGACCGUUCGGCCAACUGCUUCCUCGUCAACACGAAUGGCCACGACAUUGAAUUCUUGCGACGUGAUAUUUUGAUGCGGGACGACGGGACGAUGACAGAAUGCCCCGAACAGGACACGGGCGGAGCUGCGGAGAAUGAAGACCCAGAGGAGGGCGCCAGAGCAAUUCAACGACUUGUGAACGAGAUCUGUAGCCUCGGGCCAAGGUCAGACAUCCAGCCUAAGACGCGGAAGUCUAGGACGCUGAAACGACGAGCAAUGCGAGAAGAAGGUGAAGGCUCUGAGUAUUUUGCGAGUAUGAAGAAGCGGGUAAGUUACUUUUGCCGCGGGUGCAUCAGAAGUCGGGCAGGAAGACGGAGGUAGAUGUGCCGCAAAGACCGCAGAUGGUGCCAUUCGUUUGGCCGGAUGCUAUAGACACCGAUGAAGAUGACAUCUAGAUAUCAAUCAUAC